AAUCAAACCUUUUUAUUUUCCCCCUUCAUUUAAAUGUUUUAUUUUCGAAUUUCUAACCCGAUUUUUAUCAACACACAGGGAGACUAUAGAAAACGCCUCAUCUAGCGACGCUCCGAGACGCGACUGAUCUCGGCCAAGACAUCGACGGGGAACCGCAGCCUCUUGGAUUAUAUUUGUACAAGUGAAGCCUAUUUGUACAAGUGAAGCCUACGUGGCAGUAACUAUAUUGUUGACCAAGAGCUUCGAAUACUUGGGCCGUGCGUCACCUAAACCCUAGAGAGAGAGAGAGAGAGAGAGAGAGAGAGAGAGAGAGAGAGAGAGAGAGAGAGAGAGAGAGAGAGAGAGAGAGAGAGAGAGAGAGAGAGAGAGAGAGAGAGAGAGAGAGAGAAUGAGAAUGUGUUAGGUGAUGUACGCACUUCAUUGAAAAGAAGGAAAAAAAUCGAAUAAUAGAGAAAGAAUUAAAAAAACGCAAAAGAAAAGAAAAGAAAAGACAUAAAAAAGAGAUAGCAAGAAACAAACAAACAAACAACAAAACAAAAAACCACAUCUCCCCCGGUUAAUUGGUCUUCCCAAUUCUGUGCGCAUCCCUAUUCUGGACUACGUUGACCGCGAUUCGUGUGUGUGUGCGCCAGCGGUCUUGCCAUCCCGUGACACCCCGCGCGCGAUCCUGGCGAGGAUGGUGCAAGGCAACACUUCCUCUGCAGGAUUCACUCGCCUCGUGAUGGCGACGCUUCCGAUCCUACUCCUGGUGACAACUGCUUACGCCUCGCUGCAGACUGAAUCCGGCUCCUGCUGGAAACUCCGGCGUUCGGAUGGAUACUGCGGCCGCCUCCUUCGGGCUAACGUGACGAAGGAAUCCUGCUGCUUCGGGCGUCACCGCAGGGGCUGGAGUGGAUCGUCCGCGCUCCCUUCGCCGGGGUCCUUCGCCUCCAACUCCUCCAGCAGGAAUUCGGUCAUCAGCGACCCCCCGCCGCCGAUGUGCGCGCCGUGUGCCCACGGCACGAAAACCGACGACUGCAAGCACGACUCCGGCAAGCGCGAGAAGCAACGGAAGGAGAAGCGCAAGCAGAAGAAGCUGAAGGAACGUCGCGAACGCCUGCAUCGCCUUCAGGACCUGGGCGUUGUCGUCACGACCCCGAACUCAGUGGCGGAAGGCGAUCGGGUCGACAACGAGCAACCGGACGCUCCUGAGGUGUUCGUGGGUUCGGCGGAGGGCGAGAGAGGCGAGGAGGAAGGGGAUGAGAGAAGAGACUCGGAGAGGAAGAAGAAGAGGAGGAGGAGGAGGAAGGGCUGCAGGACCGAAAGAGGGAAGAAGAAAGGCGACAGACGAGCGAAGGGGGGAGGGGAGUGAUCAUCUUUCGUCACCGCUUUGAAACCCUACCCACACCCCCAGCGGCGACGCAAUCGACAGGGAGACUUUCAAGAUCUCUCGUAGCAAAACGGAAUACGUGGAACGAGUAAAAAAGGAAAGAAAGAAAGGAAGGAUAAAAGAUAAUAAUAAUAAUAGUAAUAAGGAUCGAUCAAAACUCCCAUGUGUAUGGUUAUUUUAUUCUUAAAGACUAGUGAUCUGCUUUGGAUGAGGUUUUGUGGAUGAGGAAUAGAUAUUAGUGGCUUUAUAAAGCUGUUCAUUGCAUCAUUCGUGGGUGAGACUAGAAUGCGCGCUAUAGUGAAGUUAUGAUCAUUAAUUAACGAAUCUGUGUGAGAAAUAUAGGAUGGACGGUUCUACAGAGCACAAAUGAUAUUAUUUUAAGACUUCUAUACAGCUCUAAUUGUAUGUGUUACACUAUAAGAAAUAUAUAAAUGUACUGUGUUGUUUUACACUACGGUAAAAUGUGAGAUGCUUUCGUGGUAUUUUUUAACAUAUUCCAACGACGUCGAAAAUGUGUCUGGAAUUAAUCAUGUCAGCCUCUCUCUGUUUCUCUCAAUGCUUAUAUAUAUAUCUUUUCCUUAUUUUGUUAUAUUCUUUAUAUCGUAUCACUGCAGUCGCUCCUUAAUACAUAUAAUUCUACAACGUAACCAGGACAUUGUACAAAAUACACUUCAGUAUACUUCAUUACGUAUGGUUACAGAGCUAUUUCGACACUUUGUUUUGUUAUCUGUGUUCCUUUUGUGUUGGCUAUACACAAAACCAUUAUUCUCCCUCUCCCUCUCCCUCUCUCUCUCUCUCUCUCUCUCUCUCUCUCCUCUCUCUCUCUCUCUCUCUCUCUCCCUCUCUCUAUCACUCUAUCUCUCUCUUUUCAACUCUUUUUAAUCGUAACUGACGUGGUUUGAUAUAAUAAGCACUACUUGGUUUAGAUUUCAUCGAUUAGCUCGCAUUUAUUUAUUUUUCUCCUUAUCUCUUUCCUUGCCACUUUACAGCAUUUCGUAUGGUUUUAUAGCGAUUUAGGAAAAGGAUUACUCACUCGUUUAUUAUACAUUAUUGCAUCUUUCAUGUCUCCUUCCAGUCUAUAUUUUAACGUUUUUUUUAUUACACCUGUAUGCUAAUAAAUCAAUUUGUAACAUACUUUUCAUGAAAAAAUGAGAUUAACAUAAGUUUUUAAUAAAUAUGCAAACGUCUUGAUUAUCUAUCAAAUUGGCGUGAUUAUUAGCAAUGGGUAUUCCGUUUCCCUUAUUAAAAACCUAAUUCUGUUACUCUUAUAAUGUUGCACUUUUUCAGACAUACGUUGAUACUGAUUUGCCAAUAGCUAUGUGAUAUCUGUACAGUGGGUUUUACAUAAUCUGCGAAUCCCCAGAAAGUUACGUUACCCUUUGACACUGACAGAAACAGGUUUAACUAUUCCUGUAUCUAGAUUUACUAAAAGGGCGGUAAGAAGAUUGUACUUUUCCCCUAUCUAAACCAACAUAAGUAAUAGUUGCUACGGUGUUCAAAAUGCUGGCCAUUUCCCAGCGCCCGCAAAGGAAGGUAUUAAACAAUUAUGAUUUGAGAUGUAUAUUUCCCGUUCAAAACGCAGAAUUUCAGCGCGAUUAUGACUCCACUAUCUCGUUUUGAAUUCGACGAAUAGAUGGUACUAUCACCUGGGCAAUUUGCUGAGGUUAAGUGGGAUCCAAACAAGCAGGGAUGUCACGACUAAAGUGAUUGGUGAUGAGACUGUGUUUUGGUCGCUCUCUCCGCCUUGUGGUUUGCCUAAUGGCGGACACUUUAUAAUACUGAAAGAGUGUUUGUAAAAAGUGCGUGGGAACUCUGCACUGAGUGUUCUUGUUCUGUUGCAGAAAGUAAUUCACUCGCAAUUGUGAAUAAGUUUGCAGUGGAGAAAAAAAAAAGUUUUCUGCAACUGUGCUCUUUUGAAGUCUAUUGUCUAAGUACCUACAUAGAAUGCGACAAUGAAAUAAGUUUUCUUAAGUUUUAUGCAUUAUGUGUUUACAUAUUGUAGUGUUAUAACGAGUUGUUAUAACAAACUGUUUUUGAAAUCAGAUGUCUGAAAGGUACAGAAAGCUGAAUCCUUUUUAUGUACUAUGAAUAAUUAAAAAAUAUAAAAGGAAUACCGUGGUUCUGUAUUACCGCUUUAGUGUGUACAGAAUUAGCAUAAUAAAAUAACAUCUUGACAGUA